GGAGAGUGAGACUCCAGGGUGGCAAGAAUGAGUUUGAAGGUACAGUGGAGGUUUAUUUGAAUGGAAUCUGGGGAACAGUCUGUGGGAGCCAUUGGGACAAUGAUGAUGCAACAGUCCUAUGUCGACAGCUUGCACUUGGUGAAAAAGGUACAGCAAAACAUGUACCAUUUUCUGGACUGGGCCUUACCCCUGUUUACUGGAAUGAAGUGCGUUGUCGUGGUGAUGAAGAAAAUAUAUUGUUAUGUGAAAAAGACAUCUGGCACGAUGGAAUGUGUCCUCAAAAAAUGGCAGCUGCUGUCACAUGUAGCUCUUCCCUGGCCCCUGUCUUUACUCCAAUCCGGCUGGCUGGUGGGAACAACACUCACGAAGGAAGAGUAGAAGUCUACCAUGCUGGCCAGUGGGGGACUGUCUGUGACGAUCAGUGGGAUGAUGCAGAUGCUGAAGUUGUCUGUCGGCAGCUUGGCCUUGGGGGUGUUGCCAAGGCAUGGAGCCAGGCUUACUUUGGAGAAGGCUCAGGCCCCCUGUUGCUGGAUGAAGUUCAGUGCACAGGAAAUGAACUAUCCAUAGAGCAGUGUCCUAAAAACGCCUGGCGAGAACACAACUGUGGCCACAAAGAAGACGCUGGCGUUUCCUGCACACCUCUCACAGAUGGUGCAUUAAGACUAGCAAGUGGGAAAGGCAGUCAUGAGGGACGCCUGGAGGUCUAUUAUACUGGACAGUGGGGCACAAUCUGCGAUGAUGGGUGGACAGAGCUGAAUACACAAGUGGUUUGCCGGCAGCUGGGAUUUAAGUAUGGAAGAAGUGUCCCAGAGCGCUACUCAGAAGAAAGUUCUGGGCCCAUCUGGUUAGAUGAUGUCAGCUGCUCAGGGAAGGAGACAAACCUCCUGCAAUGCUCAUGGAGAGAGUGGGGAAAACAUGACUGCAACCAUCAGGAGGACAUCAGACUUAUUUGCUAUCCAGAUAAUGACAACCAUAAGCUCACACUCGGUCCCCCCAUCAGGUUGAUGGAUGGUGAGAAUAAGAAGGAAGGACGUGUAGAGAUUUUUAUCAACAGCCAGUGGGGCACGAUUUGUGAUGAUGGAUGGUCUGAUAAGGAUGCAGCUGUGGUCUGUCGACAGCUUGGCUACAAAGGUCCGGCUAGAGCAAGGACAAUGGCAUAUUUUGGGGAAGGCAAAGGCCCAAUCCAUGUGGAUAAUGUGAAAUGUACAGGAAAUGAGAGAUCCUUGGCAGACUGCAUUAAGGAAAACAUUGGGACACACAACUGCCGCCACAGUGAGGACGCAGGAGUGAUCUGUGACCACCUAAGCAAGAAGGCCCAAGGGAACAGCAAUAAAGAUUCUCUUGCUUCUGUUUGUGGAUUGAGGUUACUACACCGUCGACAAAAGCGAAUAAUUGGUGGGAAAAAUUCUUUACG